GGUCACUGUGCAUUUGGGAUGUGCAGGAACACUGGAACAGACUAUAGGCGUUGUGGAAUGUACAGUAAUAGGAUGUAGACGCGGUGGAGACGUGAACGUCAUAGAUUUUCAUACCAUUCAAUUUGUUUCACGAUUUGGUUGCUCUUCUGGCAGUCCGUGUACGACGAUCUGGACACUUUAUCCAUAGCAAACACAGCGUUUACUGUCCAACUUGUUUGUUGAUUGCUGUGACAUUUUAAUCAUAUUUUAGUCGGUGUCGAACCUGAGGUUAGAGCUACAUACUAUAUAAAUAUCGUGAAUGUAAGUUAAGGGUACUAGUUGGUGCCACAUAUCAUUUUGGACAGUUGAGAAGUAUACACUUACCAUCUGUCGGAAAAACAGUCUAAUCCCGUACAACUCAGGUCGGUUCAGUACAUAUAAUAUACAUAUAUACAUAUCCUCUUCAAUCAUUUGUAGCAUCUUCUAGUAGAAAGCAUGUAUCGCUCAAGGUGCGUAUGGAGCCACACAAACGCAGGUGGCAUUUAUCCUACUAGACCUCUACAGCAUGUCACGCACACAUUUCAGAAGGUCGUUCCGAGUAUAAUAGACCACCCUCGAGUUAGUACGGUCGGCGUUCGAUGCAUAUCUAAUACAUCGGAAACAUCGCUUAAACGCAAUCCUCUGCGACAAUCCAACCACAACCACAAUCACAAACAACAAAUAACAUCUAAGCUGAGGGUUUCGAAAGCCCUGCAAAGCUCGGCUGCAGCGACUGAAUUGAAGUUGCCGCAUGCAUUGCCCUUCACGGAUUUCCUGACGGAUUCCUUCGGUAGACAUCACACAUACCUCCGUAUAUCGUUAACGGAGUCCUGUAAUCUACGCUGUACAUACUGCAUGCCCGCAGAAGGAGUUGAUCGCCAGCCUCGAUCGCAGUUACUGUCAACAGAUGAGAUAGUACGGCUAGCUGAGUUGUUUGUGUCACAGGGUGUGGAGAAGAUACGGCUCACAGGAGGCGAACCGACGGUCAGGAAAGACUUCGUUCAGCUCUGUGAGCGUCUUGGGAAGAUCGAAGGACUGAAGGGAUUAGCUUUGACCUCGAAUGGUAUCGCUUUGGAGAAAAUGCUGCCAGCCCUAAAGGAUGCUGGAGUAACACAGAUAAACAUUAGCUUGGAUACCCUUGUAGCCCCUAAGUACCAUCUGAUAACUCGGCGGCCUGCGUUGAAGAGAGUUCUAUCCUGCAUUGAUGCCGCAUUGGCUAUGGACUUCCCUAACCGGUUAAAGCUUAAUUGCGUGGUUAUCAAGGGGUUUAAUGAUGAUGAGGUGAACGAUUUCGUAGAAUUUACGCGGACACGGGAUAUCGACAUUCGAUUUAUCGAAUACAUGCCAUUCGGUGGCAACAAGUGGGAUGAUAAGAAGUUCAUCUCGUAUACCUCGUUACUGGAAGAGAUAGGCAGCAAGUAUAUAGAUAUUCUUAGGUUACAGGACCAUCCGAACGAUACAUCAAAGGCCUAUAAGGUGGAUGGCCAUGAGGGGCAGAUUGGAUUCAUCACAUCUAUGAGCGAUCAUUUCUGUGGAACAUGCAACCGACUGCGCAUUACAGCUGACGGCAAUCUUAAGGUGUGCUUAUUCGGAAAUGCCGAAGUCAGUUUGCGAGACGCCAUCAGAGACGGCGAGAACGAUGAGAAUCUGGGAGAGUUGAUUGGGGCCGCUGUGCGAAGGAAAAAAUCGCAACAUGCUGGCAUGUAUGCGCUUUCACGUAGCGAAAAUCGGCCAAUGAUACUCAUAGGGGGGUAGUGAGAAUCUCUUGUAAUACCAUAGCUAUACUUAAAAGAUCUGUUUACAAUGGCUCUAAAAUUAGUGUACUCACUCACAAAGAGACAAGCUUGUCAUCUAGAAACCUGUCGUUGUACAACGGAUGCUACAGCUUUUUCUCGCGAGCGGUGGUGGCAAAUUGUGUGUUUAUUGACAACAAAGAAGUUAAUAUCACUAACAGCAUACGUAUAGUCCUAUCCGUUUAUUUAUAGACCUCUGACUGCUCAAGAGCCCUUCAAAUGUUACGGAAAGGGCCAAAAUGGCUACACCUGUGGCACACUAAGGUACCAAACGCAUGUCGGGAUUUCGUGAAAGCACAAUGGAAUACGGAAUACCACUUUGGUAUUUGUGAUUUCGUGGUCAUAUGGAGAUAAGCGUCUUUUAAGUGGCAGGGCUUUAGGGUUUUAGCUCGCUAACUCUCUCAUAAUUGCAAAAAAAAAAAGUUUGGGAGUCUGGACUGUCACUCUCAAAAAACAAUAGACCCGCAUAAAAAUGAAAUAAAAAUUCUUUUAGCGUUAAAGUCAUUGCCUUCUAAAGAAGACAUAAAGUUUUAAUAAAACCGUUUUUUA